UCUCUUCCCGCUGGUCGACAGGAACCUUUCACCAGGUGUUUGGUUCUCUGUGCCUCGUGUGAACGGACAUAUUUUAUUUGUGGGAGCUGCCCUGAGGACUUUUUAUUGAGAUUUGUCACCUGGACGAGGAGGAAGCGAAGCAGCAUGGACUUACACGUUUACUUCUGGCUCCUCACCACCACGCUGGUCUUCAUUCACCACCAUCAAGCCUCGACUGUCUCCGUCACUGGCCCCACGGAGGAGGAGGGCCCCACGGGGGAGGAGGGCCCCACGGAGGAGGAGGGCCCCACGGGGGAGGAGGGCCCCACAGAGGAGGAGGGCCCCACGGAGGAGGAGGGCCCCCUGGUGCAGCUCACCCAGGUGGCCCACCGGAGAGUGAAGCGCUGCUCCUGCGAGAACCAGAAAGACAAGGAGUGUAUUUUUUUCUGCCACAUCGGCAUCGUCUGGGUCAACACGCCGAGCCACGUGGUUCCUUACGGCUUUGGUUCUGUCCGGCUGAGGAGGGAGCUGGGACGUUGCUACUGCACACACACACAGGACACACAAGCAGCUGAGAUGGUUCUGAGUGGUUCCUCCUCCUCCUCCUCCUCCUCCUCCUCCUCUUCCUCCUUCACCACCUCCUUUACCACCUCCUGCUCCUCCUCCUCCUGGUCAGAGCAGCUGAGAUGGUUCUGA